CAGGAAGAUGGAAAUGAAACAAGUGCCGAUGAACGUCGUUUGUGCUGCGUCUGGAACUGGUGAGAUCCUUGUUUGGGUCGAAUGCCUCGUUGCGUGCCUCUUAAGAGUACGGUACGGUACCGUACGAGUAGAGGAAAGUACUGUAUCGCGAAGAGAUUGCUACUACUUCGUACUACUAGCACAAAUUACCGUUGUGUUUGUUUCUCUUGCGCGCGUGUUGCAUGCGGCAACACACUGCAUGUUUAUUUCCUGCGCAUGCAUGAGAAUACAAAAAAUUAAGCGAGGAGGCUGUUUUUAGUAUCCAGUCGAAGGAGUCGAUGAUUAACACCACUCUGUCAGUAUGGGGACAUUUAUGGAGAUCGGAAAAGAACGUGAAACGUGAAAAAAAAGUAUCUGCCCAAACCAAUACGGUACCGUUUUCAGUUUUCAGUUCAUCUACUAGUCCUUUCGUUCGAAAAUGCUUCUCCAGAAUGCAUGGUAAAAGUUCAUCGCGUUGCUAGGACGAGGAUGAUAGUAGAAGAUAACAAUUCAGAGCAAGAGUUACAAAUCUGAUAUUUUCGGCUGCUGCGUAGUAGAAAUCUUCCUAUCUACCCAAACCUGAUCGGAAAGGAUCUUGAUGGCAAAAUUGAUUUGAAUACUCUAACAGUCGACCGAGAAUAAACGAGAGUCAAGAAAACUGGAGGACGGGAUUCGGAAUUCAGAAUUAUGCCAUGCUGCGAUGGUGUGAACUUUAAACUAAGUGGGAGAAACAUGGAGCUCUAUAGUUUCUCGCUUUCGAACUAUGCUCUGUGGCCGUUUCUAGCAUUCUUCUUCUCCCUCUUGAUUGCCGUAUCAGCACAAGAUGUUUCUCGAAGAUACCUUGAAGAAGGUGAAGAAGAAGGGGAACAAGUCCGCGUCACAAUAUCGUCCGGUUUAACAAUCACAAGCAUGGUCUUGGGGCUUAUUUCAUCUCUUUUGUGCAUUUUGGCACUCAUUUUUGUCAUUAGCUUUCGGAAGAGGACGAUCGUUGCUCUUGGACAACCUCCUUUUCUGUGCUUGAUUUGCAUUGGAUCACUUAUGGUGGGAUCCAAAAACUUGUUUGAGAGUCCAAAGGCCGUGGUGCGCAUGGGAACUCUCAUCAAUAUGAAUCUUGACACUUUGUGCAUUAUCAGGUUGUGGUUACUCGACGUCGGCCUCAUCAUCGUCUACAUGUCCUUCUUUUGCAAACUCUGGCGCACCGAGAAGGUUUGCCAAUUUCGAAAAAACCAGAUCAUACAUGUUAGUCACGUGAUCGGUCCCUUCGUUUUUAUUCUCCUACUCCAGAUUGGGCUUUUAACAGCUAUGACGAUUUUGGCUCCGCCCUUUUGGACGUGGAAAGUACCGAUGAAACCACAUGAUUCCAGUAAUACAGAUGUUGUUGAAAAGUGCUACCAGUAUCAGUUUUCGAAUCGAAUGAACAUGGCAUUCAAUAUAGCCACCUUGGCUGUAGUGAUUAUUUGCCAAGCAAUCACCAUUUGGAUGUCUUACAAGACCCGAAAGAUACGAGAGGAUAUUUCUGACUCUCGAAGAAUCUUUCAAACCGUGGUCUUUCAAAUAUUGAUCUGCUUUCCUUACACCCUCGUUGUCAAUGGGGCCUUCACAAAUGCUGACGUAACUUUCGUAUUUCUCUAUGAAGCCAUGUAUCCUUUUUUGAUGUCGGUAUCAAGCGUAGGGUUUUUGAUAUUUCCAAAAAUCCACUGCAUCCUUUACCAAAGAAAAUUCGGGCAGCUUCCUAGUUAUGCACGUACCAUAGGAGGAGGCGUACACGUCUCCAUCACCAGCUCUUCCCUUCCUACCAAUUCUACCCCAAUAACCAGGAAUGCAACAUCAAAUAAGAUUGCCGAAAGUAGAAAUAAUGACCAGACUCCCCAGGUUCCAGUACGGGAUGCAAGCGCCACAAAUAAGAGCAUCCUCAAAGAGGGAAUGGCUUGACAUCGUGCGUGUAACAAACUACGAAGAACAACAAUUCUGUAGCGAAUUCAAUGCUUGUGUCGUCCUUCGCAUGCUGAUGGGAAUAUCCUUCUAAAACUAAUGCUA